AUGUCACAAUCAUAUUUGGAUACAGAAAUGAGAAGACAACAUGAAACUAAUAAUCUAGAUGAUGAAAUACAAGUUUGUGGGACCAAUGAACAAAUGGAAAAAUCCAGAAACAAUACUUGGCAAAGUUUGAGAGUUACUGAUGAUAGUCGACUGACAGAUUCAUUAUCUUCCGCGUUAAAUCACCAGAACGUACAACAUGAGGGUCAUAAGAGCGAUGAGGAUGAUCAAAUAAUAGUCGAUCUUCAGUCACGUAUGAGACAGUUAAUAACAUCAUGGUAUAAUUUGCAUAAGAAAUGGCACCAAACAUAUAAACGAUUGGAAUUACAACUUAGUAUUAAUGAAUUUGCAAGUGUCGCAGAUUCUCUGGAACAUUGGCUGAUACUUCAUUCUUCAGAAGUGGAAUGCUUAGAUUUAGGUGGCUCUAUCAAAGAAACACAAACCUUGAUCGAUCGACUAAAUGUUCUAGAACGGAAUACAUUGCCACAAAUCAACAGAUAUGAAAAAGUUAAACAACUUACUAAGUUUGAACUUGCUGAAAUCGAAGAAAAUAUGGUUAAUGAACCAAUAAGUUGUUUAAAUAUUGUUCACAGUUCAGAUAUGGAAAAUAUACAAGCACUCUUAAUGCACUACGGACUGAACGAAAGUAAUAUGUCAAAUGAGCUUGACAACUCUAAACAGAAUGUCGACAUGGUAGAAGAGGAUUUAUAUGACGUUACUGAGUCAAAAGAAGUUAACCAUGAGACAGUGGAAGGUCAACAAAUUUCAUUCGAUUCCAUAAGUGACUAUUUAUUGAGAAAACAUGAAUGGAUUGAUUAUAAUUGCAAACCUCGUGAUCGUUCAUGGUACGAAUUAUAUAUGGUCUUAAAUACAUCAGUGAAACAACUGUUAGCCUAUAAAAACAAGUCUGAUUACAACGAAGAAAUUCCUCAGUUCAAAACAUUCCGUGGAGAGACUGGAUUAAUGGUUGGACAGAAUCGAUUAACUGCAUGUGAAACAAAGGAUUAUACAAAACGACCAAACACAUUUCGUAUCACAGAAACUUCAACUGGAGCUCGAUAUUUAUUUCAAGCCCACAACAGCGAAACCAUGAGAAAGUGGAUUACCGUAAUUCAAAAUAUCAACCGACAGACGAGACCAGCAUCAGGUCCGACCAUGAUCACUUUAUCGCGACCAUCUGAAGAAUUCCAAAAUCCUUUAGUCAUUGUAGAUACACAUGAAGCAUCCACGACGUCGAAAAAAUCGACUUUAACACGAAUCCUUCGAUCAAAGACAACCAGUCAAAUAUCAUGUAUGCGAAGACCUAGUUCAACGCAUGAAAAUGACUUUACAGAUAAUAUGUUAGAAAAGACAGAUUCACCACAAAUUAGGAUAAAACGAUUUCCUUCAGUGCGCACAAUGAAAGCAUUCUCACCAAAACAAGUGGUGCGUUGGCUGACAUUUAAAUAUUCUUCGUUGUCGUCGGCUUCUUCCAGCACAAGUCAUCAAACGCCUAAGUUGAUUAGAAGUAGCACUUCACAUAAUAUGGAAUGUGAACAGUCUGAUCCACCAACUCCAUUACUACGCAAGAGUUUAACUUAUGGUUCAUUACAUAAAAUUAAUCGAUUUUCCAUUUCAUCGAAAAGUCAUAAAGACACAUGAAAGAAAUAAUACAUGAAUCGAUGCGUUCCAACUGCAGUAUUUUAUUUUCUGUAAUAUCUCAUGCAUUGGUCAGUUUUCCAAUGUAGUUAAUCAGGUAUCUGCCAGCAAUAGAUUAUUAGUAGAAUACCACAGUAAAACUGUAUCCAUUUAAACAUAAAUUCCACUAUUAAACACAUAAUGGAUAUUAUUUGUACACUGGAAAUAAUAGCUCUUUUCUUGUAUAUUUAGGUAUCAAAUUACUUACAUUUUAUUUCUGAUAAUUGUUUAUGGAUGUAAUAAAUAAUUUCUA